AUGUCGCUCGUCACGGGAGAGAAGACGAACUUCCAGUUCAUCUUGCGUCUUCUGAACACCAACGUUGAUGGCAAGCAGAAGGUUAUGUACGCCUUGACCAAGAUCAAGGGUGUCGGUCGCCGAUACUCCAACUUGGUCUGCAAGAAGGCUGAUGUCGAUCUGAACAAGCGUGCUGGUGAGCUUACCUCCGAAGAGCUCGAGCGUAUUGUGACGAUCAUCCAAAACCCCACACAAUACAAGAUCCCCUCCUGGUUCCUCAACAGACAACGCGACAUUGUUGACGGCAAGGACUCUCACAUCCUGGCCAACGGUGUCGACUCCAAGCUCCGUGAGGAUCUCGAGCGCCUCAAGAAGAUCCGCGCCCACCGCGGUCUCCGACACUACUGGGGUCUCCGUGUCCGUGGUCAGCACACCAAGACUACCGGUCGUCGCGGCCGGACCGUCGGUGUGUCCAAGAAGAAGGGUGGCUAA